AGAGGGAAACAGGAACAGAAAGUGAAGACUUGUCAAGAUGUCUGGGUGAGGGGGACCAGAACAGAGCAGAAACCAGAUGCCAAAACAGAAACAACAGAAGUCUGAGCAGCUGACUGGAUUAGACAGGAGGGGUGAGCUGACCUGCCACUUCACAUGUGCCUGCAGGACACGCCCAUAUUUAACCACCUCUCUGCAAAACUAAACUGAAAGCCAAAGGGCAGGAGGACAGGAGAAGACUCAGGAAGACAAAGGGAAAGAAAACAGUCCGUGGGAUGCCAAGCAGCGUAAACAAACUUGGCUGAAACACAGAUUUUCAUCAAGAUCAUCACAACGGGACUAUUUCAAAGAAAACCUUGUUAUACACAAAUCAGCUCUUGGUCUUUUUGAUUUGUUUAAAGAACGCGUUGGCUUUGUAACCACCUCACAGGACACUUCAAGGAAGAGGCCAUACAUGAAGUCAACCUCCAUGCUUCCAGCGUUUCCAUUUAACAUAAACAACCCAAGCUUGAGCGCAUAUACAACAGGCCUCAUCAGAUAGAGCUGUAAACUCUGAUCUUUAGAAGCAGAAAACAGGAGCACAUGAAAGUUUAAUGUAUCUGACCUGACAGCUGCUGGGUCGGUGGGCAUUUGAUGUUUUGUUGAGCAAAGAAUAAAACUUCAUAUCGUACAACAUUAAAGCUGGAACCACAUUACGAUAAAGGAGGUAAAUUAACUCCAUAUCUUGAUAAUCCGUGUGACUCCAGCUGCCUAAUAUGCACAUUUACUGACUCGCAAACUUCACAACCCUCUAAAGGAUUUAUUAAAACUUUACAACUGCCAGAGAACGUCAAUUAACAGGAGUCACAGCUCCGUAUCCAAAAGCCAUGGAUGGAAGAACAGACAGCAUCCAAGAUUUUUUCAACCAACUUUGGAGCUUCACUACAGACAAGCACGACCAGGGGGUCUUCAACACUGUCUGCCUGGUGGUCCUCCUAACUCUUCCCCUGCUGGUGCUCCUCACCGCUUUUGUUGUGUGCUGCCACUGCUGCUGCUGUCGCCAUGCCAACAGCUGCUGUUGCUGCUGCUGCAAAGACGCCAUGGCAACCGCAAGGUCAGAAACGAAGAAGAAAAAGAAUUCAGCCAACACUGAAGACUUGUGGAUCUCUGUCAAGACGGGGCCGAUGACACCUGACAGGGUCGCCCUGGCCAUGGUGUAGGAAUCCAUUUUAUAUUUUGAAAUUUCUGAUCCUGGGUCAGUUGGUGCAGUCGAGCUGACCAAGCUUCUCAAAAGAGUGAAACUCGAACCAGCUCGAACUCAAAGGACACUUUAGACAAAUGGGAGAGACCUCACAUUGUCAUGGGCACAGAUUUGGUUGUAAACAGUGUACAGAUUCUUGUUAUUUUGUAAUCAUGUGAUGUCAUGUGUGGAAAAUGUUUACAACAUUUUGUAUGAUCUUUUUAGUGUGUGGUACAUAAAGGAAGAAAUACGCAGAACCAUAUAUACCUGCAAAUAUGUGUGCGUGUGCUUGUGUGAGUGGAUUAGAUAGAGAGAAAGUGUGUGAGAGAAGUAGUGUUAUUGAGAGCACUUUGUUCUUAGAGCUCCCAUGUGAAAUUCAUUGCAUCUGUAUUUGGGAGAGAGAGCCAAUUUAAGGAGUGCACAGUGUUCAGAUGGCCAAAACACUGCCUACUUUUCACACUCAGGCUGAAAUCUAGAUUCGUGUUUGACUCACUUCCUUAAAAAACAACAAAAAAAGCCACUGAUGUCCAAAAAGUUUCUCUCACAAGAUGCAGAAAGAGAAGCAGAACUUAUCUCAUUUUUACUUCUUUCCUGCUUUCUUACUUUACUUGCUACAGUGUGGGACGCAGGAGAGACACUCCUCCUAGGUUUGGUUUUUGAGUGGUGUUGUAUUCAGGUCAAGUGAGCCUUAAAGGCACGAUUCAUAACCUGAAUGUAAGGAAAAGGACCAAGAAGUAGAAAAUAAAAUUGGAAUCUGUUAUUCUUCCCUAAGAUAUUUGAAUGCACUGAUUAACACAACCAGUCAGUAAAAUUUUCUGGGCUUGUACUUACUGAAGUUUUAGAUUUAAGUAAGUUCAACCUGGACCCCAUUUUCCCAUGUUUUGUGUCUAAGUGACAAAUGGGCACGACAAUUUUUGAAAUUAUAUUAUUAUUGAGCGAGAGUGCUGCAGCUGGCAGCCAUGAAACAGGCUGCAAGGUAACCACUUGGUGUAUGUGUACAGUGUAAAUUCACGUCCACUAAAAGUGCUUGUUUUUGCCACUGACAGGCUCAAAUUAUUAUUCUAAGUCUGACAAAAUUAUAGAAAAGAUCCCUAUAGAAGUCAACCCUUUUGUUGGAGUAAGAUCCUCUUUGUUUAACUAAAAACAGCCCCAAAAUUGCCACAGGCAAACCCGCCAGAUUCCAUUUAAAUAAACAUUAAUUUUAACAUAUGUAGAGUUGGGGAUUGUUAGAACAGUGGAAACACGAACCAAGAAGGUUUUGGAGAGUUUUAUUUUGUUUUUGUUGACUGUGUUGUUUGGAACAAGGUUGAUUUUUCUGAGCUAUUGCACCAUGAAUAAAGUCAUCAACUAGA